GGAUGACGUCAUAGGGAGCGCUCGCUCCUCGACCGCGCGUCACGGCCGCGCCGGCGCCUUGAUGAUGUAGUCGGGGCGCGCCGCCGCCGCCGCCGCCCCGUGACACGGAGCAGCCAUGUGCGAGGUGGGCGAGGAUUAUCGGGAGCCCGCGCCCGCGGGGCCGCCGCCGCCACGGCCCUGCCGUGAGCAAAAGUGUGUGAAGUGCAAGGAAGGCCUGCCUGUCGUGGUGAUCCGAGCCGGAGAUGCCUUCUGCAGGGACUGUUUCAAGGUUUUUUACGUCCACAAGUUCAGAGCCGUGCUUGGAAAGAACCGGCUGGUCUUCCCGGGGGAGAAGGUGCUCCUGGCGUGGUCCGGGGGGCCUUCGUCCAGCUCCAUGCUCUGGCAGGUCCUUGAGGGCCUGAGUCAAGAUUCUGCCAAGAGACUGCGUUUCGUGCCAGGGGUUGUCUUCGUCGAUGAGGGAGCAGCCUGUGGCCGGAGCCCGGAGGACCGAGCAAAAACCCUGGCCGAGGCGAAGCUGGUCCUGCAGACCGUCGGCUUCCCGUGGCACAUCGUCGCCUUGGAAGAGGUGUUCAGCCUGCCGCCGUCUGUGCUGCGCUGCUCUGCCCGGGAGCCGGUGGGGACCGAGGGAGCCUACAAGGCGGCUGUGGACAGUUUCCUGCAGCAGCACCAUGCCCUGGGGGAGGAGAAGCAGAGCCGGCCCUGCCCCCAGCACCCCCAGGGCCGGGCUGGGCCGCCCACAGCCGGCCAGACUGAGGCUCUGUCCAGACUCUUCAACUCAGUGAAGACGCUGACGGCCAAGGAGGAGCUUCUGCAGACGCUGCGGACCCACUUGAUCCUGCAUGUGGCCCGGACCCACGGCUACUCCAAGGUGAUGACGGGGGACAGCUGCACCCGCUUGGCCGUCAAGCUCAUGACCAGCCUGGCACUGGGGAGAGGGGCCUUCCUCGCCUGGGACACGGGCUUCUCAGACGAGCGACACGGCGACGUGGUGGUGGUGCGGCCCAUGCGCGAGCACACGCUGAAGGAGGUCGCCUUCUACAACCGCCUGUUUGCCGUCCCCUCCGUCUUCACGCCGGCCGUCGACACCAAGGCCCCGGAAAAGGCCAGCAUCCACCGGCUGAUGGAGGCCUUCAUUCUCAGGCUGCAGGCCCAGUUCCCCUCCACGGUCAGCACUGUGUACAGGACGAGCGAGAAGCUGGUGAAGGCGCCCAGGGACGGCUGUGCUGCCGGCGCCCCCGGGCCCCGCUGCCUGCUCUGCAUGUGUGUGCUGGACGUCGACGCUGCUGACAGUGCCACGGCUUUUGGGGCCCAGACGCAGCCCCCCGUCGCAGAGGCUGAGGCGCCCACCGCGUCCUGCUGCCACAGCGGGAUGGGCAGGGCCCAGCACUGCUGCAGGAUGGAGGACGACCCCCGCGCCUGUGUGAUGGAGCAGCUGUGCUAUGGCUGCCGUGUGAAUAUGAAGGACUUGCCCUCCCUGGAUCCCCUGCCACCCUACAUACUGGCCGAGGCCCAGCUCCGCAGCCAGAGGGCCGAGGCUGAGCAGGAGAUCCAGGAGCGUCUGCUGGAGGCCGAGGACGGGGCACGGCCUGGCGCGACCUUGGCGGAGCAGGCCCACGAGGACGGGGCACGGCCGGGCGCGACCUCUGCGGAGCAGGAAGGCGCGGAUGGCCUGUGAUCACCCGUUUGUAUAAAUAAAAGGUUUUAAUUAGAAAACUCUACAGUACGAGUGGGCAGGGGGUGCCGGGGUGCCGGGCCCCACAGGGAGGACGGUAAGAGACAGCAGUCCUGCGCCGGGCCGGGGCGUCCCUAGUCCUUGUCGCGCGUCCACGCGAUCAACGUCUCGGGCGAGCGGUACAGGAAGAUGAGCUUGGCGUACAGCUCCUCCUCCAGCUCCAGCUCCCGAGUCUCCCGCACCAGGAAGAUGUCCUGGCACAGCUUGAGGAUGCGGUCCACGCACGGCAGCUCCUCAAACAUGAUGGAGUGCGAGAUCUCGCUGAAGAAGCCGCGCACGAACUUGCCGAUGACCAGCACGAUGGACACGUACAGCCCCAUGAUGCUGCAGGUGGGCGGUGAGUGAGCGUCGGGGCUACGGCCUGGCCCGCACCGCAAGCCCGCACCCCGGCCCCGCCGCACUCACCCGUAGCCGGCCAGGAAGCCCAGGCUGGGCGGGCUGACCUUGUCGCUGAAGAUGACCAUGGGCAGCAGGUUGCAGUCAGCCUGGCAGUCCUGCAGCUCGAUGACCCACCACUCGAGGAAGCCAGCCGCCCCCGAGCCCACGCGCUCCCUGCGCAGCUGGAUGCGCACGCCCAGGUAGUCGGCCUCCUCGUCUGGGUCGGAACCAGGAGGCGUCAGGCCACCGCCCCGUCCGGGGCCGAGGCCACGGCCGGCACCCCCGCCCUGGCACCCCCGCCCCACUCACUGGGUUGCAGCUGCUUCACGGGGUUGGCUUCAGGCCCGUUGGGGGCACGGAUGUACUUGGGGAAGAGGUGGGGGAUGACCCUGCGGGAGGAGGCCGGCAGGUCAGGCCCAGCCCAGCCCUCGCGCAGCCCCCCGGCCCCCAGGCCCCACUCACACGGACUGGUCUGAGGUGCCCUCCAGCAGGCUGGCCAGCUGCCUCCGGGCGGUGCUGUUGGGGGCCAGGCCCAGGGUGUGCUUCUCGUUGGUGUACUCCACCGUGCCGCCCUUGGCCAGGUCCCUACGACAGCACGAGGUGUGACCCCCACGGGCGUGUCCCCCCCCCCCCCCCCCGCCCGGCCGCUCCUGUCCCGGGACGCACCUCUGGAAGUUCCAGGUGAAGCGCAGGGUGAUGUCGGCAGUGCCGUUGUACAGUUCCCGUUUCAUCUGCGCCCGGCUUGGUGGGCUGAUGCGCCAAAGGGCCCCGGAGCUCCCCUCGAUCUGCGCCGUGACGAUGUCCUCGGGGCUGUACUGGCUGAUGAACUGCAUGGCCAGCUGCGCAGAGGGCGGCACCUCAGCGGGGCGCAGCCAGGCCCCCUCCCAUCCCGGCGUUUGCGUUUGGGGGCACUCACCGGGUGGGGGUCAAACUGCUUGGACAGCUCCUCGUAGGCCUGGUGCGUGAAGGGCACGAUGGACGGCUGCUGGGCGCUCAUGGUGAACAGGGGCUGGCGGUGGAGACACGGUGACGUGGCGCUACGGGAGCCCCCGCCCCAGGCCACCAGCAGCCACAGGAGGGCGAGCUCGUCUCCCGGGCAGGGGCCGCUCACCUCGUAGCCACCCAGCUUGAGGGUGACGGUGACGUCAGUGGGCUGGUUGACGACGCCGACCACGGACCGCACGAGGGACAUGAAGAGCAGCGGGAACCAGAUGAUGGCCACGAGGAACAGGAUGAUGAGGCCGCCCAUGCCGUACUUGACGACCUUCUUCUUCUUCUGCCCCUUGGGCUGGGGGUAUUUCUGGGGGUGGGGGGGCGUGGGGCAGUACAGGUCACCCAGUGCGGCUCUACGCCGUGCCGAGCAGCCUGCCUCCCUGCUCUGUGGCGGCGGGCGCCGUGGUCUCAGGCUCCGCCUUGACUGAGCACUGAAACUGAAGCCGUGGCAGUGAAGACAGUGGGGACCGGGGAGUAGAGCCCAGAGCCAGAAACAGACCUUUCCUCUGCGACUCUGCAGAGGGGCGGCUGGACACCCACGUGCUGAAGAGUCACGCUGGGCCCUUAAACCCUCGGCAAAAGUGAACUGGAACCUAAGACCUAAAACGGGAAAAGCCUUCGGGGCAAACCUCUCUGAGAAGCAUCUAGUGUUCGGGAUACACAAAGAACUCUCACAGCAAUAGAAACCACCCAAGAAAAAGCCGGCAAGACAUGUGAGCGGACGUCUCCCCAAAGGUGACACACGAGUGACCGACAAGCACAGGAAAAGAUGCUCGACAUUAUUAGUCACCAGGAAAUGCAAGCAGAACUGCAGUGAGACACCGCCUCACCCCUACCAGGACCGGCGAGAUCACACAGUAACACGUGGGCAGGUAGGAUGGUGCCCCCGCCAGGCAACACCCACGCGGCAGUUCCACUCCUGGGUGUGCACCCGGGAGAAAAGGGGGCCUGUGGCCACAGCUGUGGACGUGAAUGGCCAUGGGGGCGUUUUUUUAGGGCACCCAAAAGGUGUCCUAGGCCACGUCACGCUGAGAGAAGCGUGAAGUCCAGUCGCGGAAGGCCACGCGUCCCGUGACUCCAUGUAAACGGCACCACAGGCACAGGCACGUCCGUGUAGAAGACGAACAGGGGCCGGGGCUGGGGACUGACUGCUAGUGGGAGUGGGGCUUCUCCCCGGACGAUGGGCACUAUCUUAAAUUGACUGUGCUGACGGUCGCCUCAGUCUGAUAGACUAGAAACCACCAAACGGGGUGUGUGAAUUUUAUCAAUAAAACUGCUAAAAAAAAAAAAAAAAA